CUCAUACACAUAAAAUGCUUAAAUUGGUUAAAAUCGGUCUCUUGUUCUUCGGAAACUCACAGUUGCUUAUUCAAGGUUUCAUUUCGUCGGCGACCAAGACGUUUACGAUCGUGAACAAGUGUGAUGAGACGGUUUGGCCGGGGAUUUCAUCCAAUGCAGGAGUCGUACCUGUUGAACCUACAGGUUUCGCACUUCAAAAAGGCGAAUCGAAGGCAAUCCACGCCCCGCCGUCAUGGGGCGGUCGUUUGUGGGGACGAACACACUGUUCGAAGGAUUCCAACGGUAACUUCACCUGCGCUACUGGAGACUGUGGAUCAGGAAAGAUGGAAUGCGCUGGCGCCGGAGCUACUCCUCCGGCUACGUUAGCUAAAUUUACCAUUGGCAGAGAUGGGAUGGAUUUCUUCUAUGUGAGUUUGGUGGGGGGAUAUAACCUCCCGAUGCUGGUUUCCCCGACCGGUGGUGGGUCUGGACGUAACUGUAGCUCCGUUGGGUGUACGGUGGACUUGAAAGUCGCGUGUCCGUCGGAGUUAAAGGUGACGAGUUCUGACGGAGAAGUGGUGGCGUGUAAAAGCUCUUGUGUGGCGUUUGGGCGAAAAGAGGAUUGCUGUCGCGGCGAGUAUGGCUCACGCGACACUUGUAAACCUUCGUUUUACUCGCAGGUGUUCAAGACGGCAUGUCCACGCGCUUCUAGUUAUACGUACGAUAAUGAAACAAGUACCUUCGCCUGUGCCGGCGCCGACUACCAAAUCAUCUUCUGCCCCACGUCAACGACCAACAAGAAAUCAAAGGGAGAGCAACAGAAUCCAACAGCACCACAGUUCAACACAGAUAUGGUAUACGAAGGUGUAGACACAGCAGGACAUAGCAGCUACGCUCCUCGGCAGCCCACCAACAUUGGUGCAACCAUCAGCAUGGUGGCUGCAGUGAUCGUCGUAAUCAUUUUAGCAGUUGUUGGCGGCGGGUAUGCAAUCCGGAUAGGGAAUAUUAAUAUCCUAAAUGGAUCAUGUAAUCAGCACUAGAUAUGCUAGCCUUUUGGGAUUGGGAUUGGGAUUUUAAUUCUUAGU